AUGCUGACACAACCGAUGCCCGAGAGCCAUGUGUUAAGCGCAAUGAGGGCCUUGGGGAAUCUGUUACGGGCGUCAAUUCCAGGUUCCGGCCUCCUUUGGGUCUUAUCGGACGAGGGCUUCCCACUACAAUGCAAGGGAUGCGGCGAGAUCUGUGAGCUCCUGCGCUGGGGCGAAGUGCAACGAAGACGAGACAGCACCUUUCGGGGCUCGUCGCCUCCUCGCAUCGUCCACAACAGCUAUGUCGAACUCGACCGCUGCGCCCUCGAGACGGGCUGUGACACCUGCCGGACGCUCCGGCGAGCCUUCCUCUUAGAACAGAUCACGAGCCAUGGUGCGGAGCGCCUGGGGCACGCCGGUAAUCAAUGGCCCAUCUACGCCGUGCUGAACCUCGGUUCUUCCGGGGACAGCGAGUUAGCGCUGGCUGUGAAGUCGCCAAAAGCUGUGCUCUAUUCCGCGACCGUUCACUUGACCAACGACGUUCGCGCAGUCGCCCGGAACUCGAGGAGGGCGGCCCCGGGCCCGCGUCCUGAUCUCAGCGCGCUACGCAGAGUGGUCGACGAUUGCCAUCGGAACCAUGAGUGCUCUUCGAGAUACCGCUGGUCCCACCGGAACCCUACCUGGCUCCUCAGGAUCCUCCCCGAUAACCUUGUUCAACUGGUAGCAGGGCCGUCGGAACCCGUCGACUACGUCGUGCUGAGCUACUCCUGGGGCGACCCCGCGACCAUGCCGGCGGCCGAAUGGGCAAGGAUCAAGGGUGCGGGCACCAAGACGAUCAACGGCCGACCUGUCCCCGAGCGGCUGAACCCCUUUUCGGUCCGGGAACUGCCAGAGACGAUGCAAGACGCGAUCGCGAUAUCGGCGUCGUUGGGGGUCUUCUACGUUUGGAUCGACAACGUCUGCAUCCCCAAAGGGACCAACUGGGACACGGAGGCCUCGUUGAUGCACGAGGUUUACGGAAACUCCGCCUUCACGCUCGUUGCUUCUUCGAGCACCAAGGCAACCGACCGCCUGUUGUACGACAGGCUAGCUUGGACACAGCGAGGCGGGGCAUGCCGGCUCCGCGACCUGUGGUGGCUUCACAACACUCCGAUGCCCCUGGACCGGGUUCGGCUCGAGUCGCCCGUAUCGCUACGAGCCUGGACGCUACAGGAGGAGCGACUAUCACCACGGAUCGUGUACUGGGCGGGCCAGCGGUGGUACUGGUCCUGCCUGGAGCGUCAGGUGGCCGAGUUGGGCGAGUCUGAUUGGGCUGCUUCCCCCGCCGAUCCCUGUUCACGGAGCUGUCCCCAGCGGUUUCUGGAGCUCUGCAGGUCCGGCGACGAGGAGCUGCUCCACGAAGAGUGGCUGGACAUCGUUCAAGCCUACACCCGCCGCGACUUGGUCGCUCCGAGGGACCGGUUCCUGGCCAUCGCCGGCCUCGCCGUCCGCUUCUACAACGCCAAGGCGGCCAACGGCGGGGCCGUGGUUACCGAGGACUACCUGGCCGGCUUGUGGAAAGACAACUUUGCCAGGCACCUGGCCUGGUCUGUGGCGAGCGCGGUCGAACCUCGACACAAUCUGCGGCACAUUGCGCCGUCUUGGUCGUGGGCGUCCCUGCCCCUCCGGGUGCAGACCAAGACGAAAGCGCCGUUCAGGCCGUCGGCACACUUCAAGUUCGUUGCGGUUCGACGCGUCGAAGCUGCCGAGGCCAGCUACGCGCUGGCUCGGACGGAAACCGGGGACCCUUCUACCGACUUCAUCAACCGCGGCCGGGCUGUCGAGGAGCGAGGCCGGGGCGUCAAAGCGGUCGAAGUCCGGGGACGUUUUCGCCGUUUCAUAUCCGACGAUGCCCUGAAUGUCUCAUGGGACGGCAUUGAGCGGAAGCGUGACGGCCGGUCCUGUUUCGAUUUUGGCGCGUUCCCAGGCCGCAGCAUCUACGCCCGCAACAAGGGCAACGGAACCAUCCUUUCCAAGGAUGCCCACUGCGGUGAGGUGGUCGGACAACUAGACUACACCAUCCCGGCGGACGACAAGCCGGACCAGCAUCCCGCGCCGUACGUUCGGGAAGGCGACGAGAGGGAAAUUGUGUGUCUCGAGCUGGGAGAGCUCGCCAUGCUGUUGCUGGUUCCCGACCACGACUGGGGCCGACCCGAAUCCUAUCGGCGUGUGGGCGUCGCCAUUGGGUAUACCAACCGGAAAGGCUUCUUUUACGGCUGUGAGACCAGAAGCGUGAAUCUUGUCUGA